AUGAUGAUAACAAUCCAUGGUCUGCCAACAAACACCAAAUCUCAAGAUCUUAGAGCAGUAAUUAUACAAGAAUGUAAAAUUACGGACUUUAUUUUGGAUAAUUUAGCACCUGAUGGGAAUGGUUUGAAGAAAGUUCGUGUUGGCUUAGCAAAUGAUAGCGAGGGUAACCAGGUCAUGAAAAAUUUGAAUGGUUACUGCCUCUCGGGGCAUAUUUUGCAUGUGACGACUGUCGGUAAAUCAGGGGAAAUUCAAAGCCAGCAGCUAAAUAAUUUUCCCACUGACCAGACUAGAGUGAAUUCCUGGAACAACCAAUUACCAUGGAGUAUGCAACAACAGCAAUUUAAUCAAUAUAAUUAUCAGCAGAUGAAUAGUUAUCCUGUAACUAGCCAGUAUGAUCAAAGAACAUCAAUUUAUGACAGAAUAGGACCACAUUCUGAAGAUUUUUCGAUUACACAGAAAUGUGCUCCACAACAAAUACCGGAUGUAAUGAACCAGUAUGAUCAAAGAACAUCAGUUUAUGAUAGAGUUGGACCACCUUGUCCAGACUUUUCGAUUGCACAGAAAAGUGCUACUCAACAGAAAGUGGCUCCUACAAUGACUUCAGAACAAGAUCAAGUGCAGUGGUCUGCAAAUAUUGGGACUUAUCAAAAUAAUAUUCCUUUUUACCAACAACAGUCCUUGAAAAGUCCGAAGGCAUCGGCCUUUGCACUUGAUGCUUGUGCAUCUGUCAGACAAGAUAGAAGAGGAGACAUUCAACAUCAAAACAUUUCUUACCCGGAAAAAACAACUCAAGCUGCAUCUUUUGAUAAGGAGUAUAAUUGGUUUUCGCAGUCGAAAACUUCUUAUAGUACUAACCAAGAUGGCCGCGUAAAUCGUGAUGCUAGUGGAAAAAUAGAUGAUAAUCGUAACCGUGGCGAUCAUAGUAAUGGCAAUAGAAGUCGUAAUGAACAACAAUAUCAUGCCCUAGUAGAUCGUGAUCGUAGGGUAAAUCCUGAUCGCUCUGGUAAUGCAAAUCGUGAUCGUCACGGGAAUCGGGUGCGCGAUACGAAUCGUGAUUGCGACAGAAAUCGUGAUCACGACGGAAAUCGGAAUCGCGACAGAAAUCGUGAUCGCGACGUAAUUCGUGAUCGCGACGGAAAUCGGGAUCGCGACGUAAAUCGUGAUCGCGACGGAAAUUGGGAUCGCGACGGAAAUCGGGAUCGCGACAGAAAUCGUGAUCGCGACCUAAAUCUUGAUCGCGAUACAAAUCGUGAUCGCGACGGAAAUCGGGAUCGCGACAGAAAUCGUGAUCGCGACGGAAAUCUUGAUCGCGAUACAAAUCGUGAUCGCGACGGAAAUCGACAUCGCGACGGAAAUCUUGAUCGCGAUGGAAAUCGGGAUCGCGACGUAAUUCGUGAUCGCGACGGAAAUCGUCAUCGCGACGGAAAUCGUGAUCGCUGUGAAAUUCGUGAUCGCCAUGAAAAUCGUGAUCGUUUUGAACAUCAUGAUCAUAAUACAAGUAGUGAUAAACAUCGGGGUCAGGAUGCUCGACCCACUUUCAGUUGCCACGAUUCAGCUCGUAAUCGCAACUAUGGUAAAGCAGAUACCGACAACUUACGUGAAUCUCGAUGGGAUACUCACGUACGCAAUCAACGAGAGUGGGAGUCUAAUAACCAAAACGUGCAUGAACAAUUAAUAGUUUCAGUGAAAAAUGAACAGUUUAAAAAUUCCUCGUCAAUAAAAGAGGAAUUUAAAAAGAAUGAACAGAUCCUUAAACGCUCAAACUCAAGUAACAAGUUUAAUGCGUCUUCGCAGCGUGCAUCAGGUAGUUUUGGUCGUAUACACAAAAGUCAAACGAAUAACCAAGAUAGAAAUACUACCCAGCCACGUAAAUCCUACCAAGAUAACACUCUGAAACGGAAAUAUGAUCAUAAAGAGGAAAAACUUAACGUACGACCAUCAACGGAAGAGCCUUAUAAAAAAUUUAAACCGAAUACAAUAGUUUCUACAAAAAUGACCGCUCCAACAUCUUUGCCUAAGAGACUGAACAGACACACCACUUGGGUACAACAAGUUUCGUCAAGCGUGGCAAAGCAAGUAUUAGAGUCUGCUGGGAAAUGUCCCAAAGAGAAUCGUGUCAUUUUUGUUGAACUGAAAAAAUGCAUCCUGAAUCGUAUUAAUAUGGUAUACGGCAAUAACUUAGCGAAUACAAUGGAUGAGAUAAUAACUGAAUACAACAAAAACUUCAACCCUGAUCAAAAUAAUGAGCUUUAUGAAGCCAUUCGAGUGAUAUCAGAGAGUAAAACAAAAUUCGAAAAGCCAUCAUCCGACAGUGUGAAGUCCGAUGCUGCAACUGUGGUAGCUCCUCAAGCUCAGACUCCAAACGUAUCUGAACCUGUGUCGACCUGCCCGAGUUUUGUGCCAACUAAGACCCCGCAUAGCAUCAAACCAGUGACACAGAAUAAGAAAACUCCGCCAGCAAACGUGAACCUACUGUCAAAAACACCGACACGGGUCGUAGCUGAUAUUAAACUACCCAAGUACCCUCUUAAUGAACAAAAGCAGGCCGACAAACUUGGUGUGAUAUUGGAUUUGUCGGAACCAUAUAAAUCAAUAGUCAAGGAUCAUACGAACGAGAUAGAGAAUAUGGCAACUGAAUGUUGUAAGGCAGUUGACAUAGAACUAGGUGCGUCUAACAGGCAAUUUUGGCAGGGUGCUGUAUCCGAAAUCAAAAAGCUCUUAAGGAUGCACUUGACCAACCGUUUACUUAACGUUAAAAGGAAUCUAGGUGUACGUAUAUUCUACAAGCCGACAAAACCAAAACGAGAAUCUUUAGAAGUUUUCUUGAAACAGUAUGACGUUAUUAGCCUGAAGAAUUCGGACCGCAAGAAAAUGCUUGUUGUUCAAUGUAGUACAUAUAAAGGAUUUGACAAUUUAUGCAGACAAAAAACAAAAACAAUUGGUGACAUAACACUUACUUUUAAACCCUUACACUUGGUUGUAAAUCCAAAGAAGUCUUCGUUAAAGAAUGGUGAAAUGAUCGUCGAGCAAUCCGAAUCAGAGUCUGAUGAUGAUAAUGAAAAACUCAAUAAAGAUAUAGCUGAGUGUCAACAGGAUAUCUUAAAUAACACUGACGUUGUUUUGCUAGAGACUGUCGAGGAAAUUAUCGAUGUAGAUAAAAUCCAAUCUACGGAUAUCCAAACGUGCAGCCAAAACUCAGGUCAUAAGAUAAUUGAAACCAACGAAGAUAAAAGAGAGGAAAAUGUUUCCAACUCGGUUACAGCUGCUAAUAUAGAUAAGUAUGGAAAUGAUAAAGAAAAGGGUAAACUAAUGGAAAACAUUCAAAAUGGAAACAAAAAUUGUGAUCAGAGCAAGGAUGUUACUAAUACAUUUGAAAAGGAUGACGUAAUAAUUAGUGAUCAAAAUCUGAGUACGGGAGUCGUAAUUAGGGAUGGGGAAACAGAACAAAAUAAAUAUACUAUUACUGAUACAAUUGUUGAAAACGAUGAUGAAAAACAGGAUUCACCACCCUUAAUAGAGGAUGUGGAUAAUGAAAAAGUUAGGAACAGUGAUAAGGUCGCAAACAUUGAAGAUGGUAUAGCUGAUGACAUAGAUGAAGAUGAUUUGGAAGAUUUUUAA